UAGCUCAGUAUAGGUUUCAUGAGCAAAAGGAUAGAUCAGUCAUUGAUUCAAUAGAUAUUCUUCCGACCGACCGACCGACAAACCCAAUUAGAAAGCGGGUUGUAGGUACCAGAAUUCGGGUUCAAAAAUGGACUCGCCUUACCAUCAUGGUGUAGAUGGUUCACCGGCGUUUGCCAGAUGGAAGAGAGGAUGUAAGGCUGCUCUGAUUGCAGCUGUGCUAUCUUCUUCUGGAUGUUGAAGGACAAAGAUGCGUGACGUCACAGACUGCCCAGCUCGGGGGCAUCGGCUCCUGUUGAAGUAGCUCCUUCAUGAUGUUGAAGAGGCAGGUGCGGCCUCCCAUCGCUUUCCCUCAGUACGUACGUCCUGACCUGACUGCAUGGUCAGGUAGAUGAAGGCUUCAAUCAAGUGUUCUCCGCGCUGCAUGCUUUGCAUCCGGGGAUAUACUCAGCUGCAAAGGAAGCAAUUACACCAGCGUUACUUUGUUCGGAGACUUUCGAUCCUGAGGGCUUCAACUUAAUUCAAGUUCUAGUUGCCGCGGCCGCAAAAAAGAAGUGCAAAGCUUUGGGCAACUCGUCUGAUGUUUGCUGGCACUUUGGUUUGAUUGGCAUCUUAUCAUCUUAGAGUACUGCCAGUGAACUUCAGUGAUCUUCAAGUUGUGGCCCAGCUUUGCUCAACCAGUCCGUGCCCCUUUCUUCAAGUUGGCCGGUUUAAAGUUAUCAAUCAAUUACAGGCUUGAUUGAGCCACCGCAAUCGAUCAGCUGCCAUCCCUGAGAUCAAGGAGGAGCUACCAGUGGGAGCCGUACUACAGAAGACCAUCCAUGAUGUCCGAGUCCCUCAAGACUCCUGUUGAACAAAGAUCCAAUAGUUCCCCCAAAGCUGCAUUUUAAACAGAUGGAGGGUGGCAGCAGUGGUCCGGGACUCUUGUUGAGGGCCUGCGGAGCCCGGUCUAACCUUCCGGGAGACAACGAAGUCCUCAUUCCAAGACUGACGGAGUGGGCCUUUGCGGACCUGGUAAUUCCUGCUGCUGAAGAAGGAGAGGUGAACUUUGAGAUGAAAAGGGUCACGGCUUUAGGCAAGCAUGCGGAUCUGCCAGCCAGGCUGCGGCCCAUCGUCUGGAGAAACGUAGGCAAGGGGGUGGGGAAGAGCAGGGCUUGGAAAGCCCUCCUCGAGGCUCAUACGAGACGCGUCGCGGCGGAGACAGCCCUUCCAAAGGGACGGAGUAGCGCUCUGCUGCCAACCGCUUCCCCUGAGAUACUCGAAAGGGGAGACCAGCUGCAGUGGAGCCAAAGGAGCACUUUAGAGCACAGGGUUGAGCCAACCAGUGGUGUGCAAACCGGUCGAGGAGGCAGUGGUGAGACAGUGGCCCCCCGGCAUGUAGAAAAUGCAGUGCGCGCUAGUGGUCCUUCGGAUGGGCGAGUCCUAAAGAAAGCUGGGGCGACUAACGGAGGGGACGUUGCUAGUUGUCACGCAACGGGAACAGCUGCCGAAGCGGAGGUCCGCCGGUUGCCUGCGGAUGCCUGCGGACGGCAAGCAAACGGUUGCGGACGGCAAUCAGUCGGCAGCAGUCGGGAGUCUGGCGGCCAGGAACGAAAAGCGGACGGCUGCGGACAACAAGCGGACGCCUGCAGGGAAGAGGCAAACCGCUGCAGACCAGAGACGGACGGUUGCGGACGGCAGCCGGGGAGAAUUCAGGCUGCGGCUAAGCUACCGACCGGAGAAGGUCGAAAUCGGAGCGUUGGCUCAAAUCCGUUGGGUGGGAGGCGGGCUGCUGGAUCAGCCUUCAAGCGAAGACUCGGAGAAGACGAAGCAAAGGUGCAGCGGGUUUCGCUCCCUUCUAAUUGGGAAGAGGCGGGUUUGCAAGGGGGAGCGGAAUUGAAAAAUGGAUUUGCGGGCAGCCAAAAGCUGUCAAGGAAAGAGGAGUUGAGUCUGAUCUGGCCCAAUAGCGCUCCUGCUCCUUUGCCCUGCGCCAAGUUUGUAGCAUCGGGAGAGGAAACUCUCGAGCGCUUUGGCGCGCUGUUGGAGGAGCUUCAAUUAACGGGCAAGUGUUCACGGCGGACGGGCCCGUUCAAGGAGACCUGGGAUAAGGAUUUCGGCACGCGGAAUGACGACUACGAGAUUGGAAGAGCAAGUGUUGCUCAUGGGGCUUCACGGUGGAUUGUCUCCGCAGACUCUGUAGCCCCAGAAGCAAACAAAGAAUCCGUGAUCGCUUUGGCAGCUUACACGGAAAUUACGCUGAACCAGUUGCCGGUGAAAGGGCCACGUGGAAGCUUGUCAGUGGCUGUACCGCCAACCGGCUCGUCUUUGGAAGAAGCUCCUAUUGUCAGGACAACGGUUCCGGCUGCCGCUAUUUGGGGAGCGCAAUACCCGUCCCCGAAAAACGGAGGCGCAACAGCUCCAACAAGUCAAAGACCCCUAGCGUGCCGUGCCGACGACUUUCCAACAGAGUAUGCUGUAGGUCGCCCACGUCAACUUCACCAGCCGUCUGAAGUGUGGGAGUCCGGGGCAAGACUAGAGCCGGACGGGGCCGCCAUCGGAGAAGCGAAAGAAAACGGAACCCGUUUUGACGAGCCGGUGGGUCUCGCCAGCCUUGAGCUUCCGGAGGUAUCCCCAAAUACGUCAGCCGCUGUCACACCAGGGGCCUCAGCCCGGCGAGAAAACGGUCAGCCUGAUGAAGCGCCGCACGUCGAAUCCCCGUCAUCGCAGCAGAUUCAACAAGCAGAGAGUGCUGCUUUCCGGCCGCGGAAGCUGCCUCCUGGGAGGCGGAACCCCGGAGUGUGGCACUCGUUGGAUCCUCUCCCGACACCAGAUUGUUUGAGCGAGCACCUUCCGGUGGACGGCUUACACGCCUGGCCAUCCGCAGGGGGAUGUCUGACGCCGAGCAUUCAACUGACGCCCGGGCGCCCGUCAGUCCCUCUCGACGCCCGCACGUCCACUGCGCGUCAGCAUGAAGAGUCGCACCCGUUAGCCCCGGUGCAAAGUUCUAAUCACGCAGUGGAGAAAUUCAGCGGAUCGUUCUGGCAGCAGUUUCCGGGACUGGGAGACGACGGGUUAGGGGCUUUGCGGGACUGGCCGGAUAGGAAUUUAGAAAGGCGGACAGGAGGUGACACGGGGGUGGAAGCGUGGAAGGCGUUCGACGACAUUGGGCUUUACAGUGCGGGAAUCAGCGAGGUGCUGAUGGACUUCCUAGACCAGAGCACCUCCCCAGUACUGCGAAAGGAACCAUAUUCGCCACUUAGUGUUUCCGGUGAAGGGCAGCAACAAGCAAUAUUACGGCAACGUGGGCGCGCCUCGCAGGGGCAGGGAUAUGUAGACGGAGAAGGGGAGGGGGGCUUCGGAGCCAGAGUUAGCGAAGCGUCCAAUUCCAAACGGAGACGGAUUGAUUGGGGAGGAACUGUGCCUAAAUUGGGAGGAGGAGCACAGGUGGAGGAAAUGCGGGGUGAUUUCGCUGCGUGUGUGAUGAGGUUUGCCAAGGGGUUCGUAUCCUGAAGCGGAAUCCUGGGAGAUGCAGCAGAUUUUGCGCCCGUCAUAUUGAGAAGAGGGGAGCGUGUAUUUGUAUAUUAUAAUCGAAAGUAGCCACUGCUUGUCAGACAAAAGCAAACAGGUCUGUAAUGCAGUGGAAGUGCCUAUACGUACUCGAAAAGGCUGACUGUGCAUGCGUUUCUAGAAUGCUCCCGAAAACGGGCGGAACUUGCUGGCAGUAUACUACAACGCCUUAGUUGAGUGGUACUUUCAGGAUCGCCUCCUCUUCAACAAAGCAUGGCUAGAAGUGACUACUGGACUAGGUAAGUAACAGCCGACAGUACUAAUGCAAUUAUCACAGACACCGUUAAAGGUCGUACAUUUUACGGGAGUAUGCGGAACGGAACUUGGAAGGGCCCAAUAGAACGGAGUUUAUAGUAGCUGCCAGUACAGGUGAUUGAUGACGAAUCGAAGUGCAUGGCAAGAAUCAUGGACAUGGGAUCAGUAAGCUUCGCUGGUAGAAAUCUCUAACAACGGGGUCUCGUCCAAUGAGACGGUCUGGUCCACUAGUCUUCCUUCUCUCUGGUGUCCGUGUUGGACUUUGGGCCUUCACCUUUCAUUUAGCAGUGCGGUGCAACUGCGCCUACCAGCUUCUACUAACUGUAAGCCAGGACAGUCGCCACUAGCUUCUGUUGGGUGUACGAGAAGAUAUUCAUAUUUGCGUUUUUCAUCGACGAAACAUCAAUGCUAGCUAAACACUUCUGUUAGACAUGCUGCUUUCUUGUCAGUAAUCACGAUGAC